AUGGCGCCGCAGUCGAUGCUCAACAGGUUCAUCACCAUGAAAGAAACGGAGAAGAAGAAGCCCAAGGAGCGUCGUCCUUACCUUGCGUCGGAAUGCCGAGAUCUGGCGGAGGCGGACAAGUGGAGGCAGCAAAUUAUGAGAGAGAUCGGCCGCAAAGUGACCGAGAUCCAGAACGAAGGAUUGGGCGAGCACCGGCUCCGCGACCUGAACGACGAGAUCAACAAGCUUCUCAGGGAGAAAUACCACUGGGAGCGGCGGAUCGUGGAGCUAGGCGGUCCGAAUUACAUGAGGCACGCGGCGAAGAUGACGGAUCUCGAAGGAAACAUCAUCGACGUCCCGAACACUAGUGGUCGAGGACCUGGGUAUCGGUACUUCGGCGCUGCUAAGAAGCUUCCAGGGAUUAGGGAGCUCUUCGAGAAGCCUCCGGAGCUGAGGAAGCGGAGAACAAGGUACGAUAUAUACAAGAGGAUAGACGCUAGCUAUUACGGGUAUAGGGACGACGAGGAUGGGAUGCUGGAGAAGCUGGAGAAGAAUGCGGAAGGGAAGAUGAGGAAGAUAGAUGUGGAGGAGUGGCGGAGACUGGAUGAGGUUAGGAGGGAAGCGAGGAAGGGAGCGACGGAGGUUGUGAGCGUAGGAGCGGCUAAGGAGGUGUUGUUCGAGGAGGAAGAGGAUGUGGUGGAGGAGGAGAAGAGGGAAAAGGAGAGAGAGGAGGAGGAGAAGGUGAGGGAGUUUGUGGUGCACGUUCCGUUGCCGGACGAGAAGGAAAUAGAGAAGAUGGUGUUGGCGAAGAAGAAGAUGGAUCUGCUUAGAGAGUAUGCAAUCGAAUGCGCUAUUUUGAUGACAAGCUCUGUGCUCAAGAUAAAGAAGAAGAUGGGACAUAAGGCGUGAGGAACAAUGAGACAUGGAAACAAACUCUUAUGUAGCUCUUAACUUUUGUAGUCUGUGUCUGUAUUUGAAUUUCUUGCGGUCACAGAAUGACUUCUUCUUCUUGACCGCAAUUACUUAAUGAAUCUUUUAUCUUUCUCUCAUCAGAACCAAAA